AUGUACGCGACAUCUACAGCGUCCACGACGACCUCAGGGUCUGGCCGGGCAGUGGGUGCUGUGGCGGGAGACCGCCGGCGCGCCGUGCGCCUGGUGCGCCCGCGCAGAGCCGCGCCGGCCUUCGGCUUCGCGCUCAGGGGCGGCAGAGAGUACGCCACGGGAUUCUUCAUAUCCAAAGUGGACUUUAACUCUGAAGCUCACGUCCAGGGAUUGAAGGUGGGAGACCAGGUGGUGAGUGUGAACGGCUACCGAGUGGACGACGCGGUGCAUGCGGAGCUGAUGCACUACCUCGCCGCGCAGUCACGACUCAAGAUCAAAGUUAGACAUGUUGGCAUGCUUCCUGUCAAAGACAAGGCACAUGAGCCAUUGUCAUGGCAGUUCGUGUCGGAACGAGCGUCGCUGAGCUCCGACGUGUCGUCGUCGCCGACUCUGUGUCACGACAACGAGAGAUUGACGGACUUGAGACUAUCUAUACUCGUGCCUCCCAGAGCCAAGCUGGGUUGCGGAAUUUGCAAAGGUCCGGAGUGGAAGCCGGGCAUAUUUGUGCAGUUCGUGCGGGAAGGCGGUAUUGCACGCGAGGCAGGGCUCCGGCCCGGCGAUCAGAUCUUAUCGUGUAACGGCUUGGAUUUCUCCAAUGUUACCUUCAACCAGGCAAUAUCAGCAAUGAAAGCGACAGGACGGCUUGAGCUGGUUGUAAGGGAGGGUGCAGGCACUGACCUAGUGUCUCCCGAGAGCUCGGGGUACAACAGCUCAGCGUCGUCAGCUGCCGGGGAGCGCAGCCCUGCGCCCACUGCGCCGCAUGUGCCGCUCGCACCACCGGCCGCGCUGCGCAGACGCCUCGCUAGCGUCGCCGAGGAGGCUGCUGACCGCGCAGAUAGAUUAACGAUGAACCGACUGAAAAGAAGAACAUGGGAUAGCUUAGAUUUCGAUUGGAAGAACGAUGACAUACAUAACUUUGAUGCGCCCUCUGACAUAGAACCCGAUUAUGACUGUCCUAGUAUUCCGAAUAAUCCUCAUUCAUACGAAAAUAAAAGUAAUUUGCGAUCCAAAAAUAAGAAAGAAUACGUCACUAGCCCAUCGAAUAGAACUAUAAUCAAUUUAACCGAAGACGGUGCUACAAUACAAUGUAGUUACGACAAUCAGUCCCCUAGAAAAAAUGCAUUCACUGCAAAUCAUACAAAUCGAGACAACGAUAAAAAAACCAUAGUAGUGGAAGUGCAUCAUACUAGUACGACGACGUGCGGAAAAAAUGCAUGCAGCUAUCCACCACCUUUAAAAAACGAUUGUAAUUCAGAUUCUGUGAGUUUGUCUAGUUCAGCUACGUUAUCAAGUGCCAUCGCCGAGGAAAUACAACGACGUAUGAUGAACAAGAAAAAAACAAAUCCUGAUUGUAACGCUCCUCCACCUCCUGCUAAGAAGCCACCACCACCAAAGCCUGCAGACGACAAGAAGAAGCAGCACGAUGCCUUAAUGGAUGAAUUCAAAAAAGUCCACAGAAAAAUGUUUGCAAGUAUAGAAAACAAUGAAAAAAACACACAAAACAACGAAGAUGAAUCAUUGGACCGUCAGCAAACAUUACCUCUGAGGAAGGCCGAUCAACCGGCAGAAAUAACAAACGGUAACCACGAGCCACCGAAGAGGGAAGCCACGGAUAAUCCCCCUCCUCCACCACCAAUGCCGUCAAUGAAUGGACACCAAAACGGAACUCACAAAAUAAUCGAAAACAAGGAUAAACCAGUUCCAAAACCAAUUACAGCAGAACUUCUCACCAAUUCAAAUUUUAGGAAAAAUAACAACCUUACAAGAACACCAACGCCUGAUUAUAGUAAGAAAACUGAACCAGCUCCACAAAUUAAAAGUAUUAAAGACGAAAAGGCUGAUAUGGAGUCACUAGAAUCUUAUAAGUUAAAAAAUCCUUCGAAUGUACUACCAAAGCCACCAUCGAAUUAUUUUGUUAAAGCUCCGAACGGUACGGCAACAAUGAAGAAGCAUUCACGCCCUGUGUCGGUAACUAUUGGUGAAUACGCGUACGGAGGUGCGAGCAGACGGGAACCAACGAAGCUCGAUUUCCUCAAUGGAGAUAAAACCGAUGGUGUUCAUAAAGCCGAUGAAGAAGUUUCUAUAUCUAAUAGACUACAAUCAGAACUGGCUUUGACGUUAUCUAGAUCGAAUUUACGUAAGAAGACUGAAGCUCUGGCGGACGCCAGCCGAUAAGUAAUGAAAACGAAUUUUAAUAUAAUUUAGGUAAUAUACUAGUUACUCCUCUAUUUUAGACAAUUAGUGAAACGUAGAACAUUUGGUUAGAAUUUAAUUAGUCAACCAAAGUUAGUUAAGUAUUUAAUUUAUGUAUUAAAAGGACUUAAAAGUAUAGCAUAGUGCCACUUUUGAAAUUAGAGACUUAAGUGUGUAAUUUUAGCUAGUGUGAAAAAAAUUACGAUUUUGUUGGUAAUUAAUAUUAAUAGUCCUGAAACCAUGUUUAAUUAUUAUUGGUUAAUAAUGUAUAUCUGUGGAAUACCUAAGUCAUACAUAUUACAUGCUGGUUUAGAAUAAAAA